AACAUGGUUCAUAUAUGGCCGCGGGACAACAACAUUUAGCGUUGUUAACUUCCCCGUAAUCCAUUAUUUUCCAUGUAUUAUCAAUUAAAGACCAGGCCAGAACACUAAAAAAAAGUUUGGAUGUUAUGUUCCUAAAUAACCUCCAUAUUAGUUAUGGAGGAAGGAGACUCUAGUGGCAUCUGAUCAUGGGACUUAUCUUCCAUGCGUUCAUUCUAAUGCAGAUUUGUGUACGGAUACAUUCGUUCCCAUUCUCUAAGGGUUUUCACAAGCAGAACGAAGAUACCUCCUGUCAGAAACCUCUCGGGUUGACAUAUUUAUCAAAGCGCCACUUAGUAAGAUAUGUUGUCAGUGCCACCGAAGGUAAUGCCACCAACACCAGACUACAUAGUCCCACAUCCUGGUAUGCCACAGGACUAGGUAGCUCCACAUUUGUACAGGUUUCUAUGUUGGAACCAAUACUUGUCUCAGGAUUGUCCAUCCAAGGAGAUUUGAAACAUUCCCUUUGGGUUACCUCCCUUUACGUAACUUACAGUUUAGAUUGUGAUAUAUUUAUUCCCUUCACUGAUGACCAGUAUAUGAUAUUUCCUGGAAAUGUUGAUGGAAAUUCCCUGUCAGUGAUAUUUUUUGACCGCGUGUUUACUGCAAAAUGUAUUAGGGUCAUACCAGUCACACGUCAUGGCGAAACAACAGCUAUGCAAAUGGAAGUCUAUGGGUGUGUUGCCAGAACUUGUGCUGAACCACUACAUCCAUUAUGGUAUAUAAAUCGUAGGACAGGUGAAUUUGAGACCAAAUUCCAAUCAGAACAGAUCGUCAUGGCAUUAUCUAUACUUCCGGGUGUUGUAAAUGACCACGGAUACAUCAUAUCAUACAGCCGAACAUGUACAGAUUAUAAACUAAUCGCAGAAAAUGGCAGACCAAAAAUAUUCCAUUCAUUUUAUGGUCAUGAGAUUGUGGUAGAUCUCAGUUUACAUCCUGUCAGAGCAAUGUGUCUACGAAUCAGUGCAGGGAACAGAAACGUUACUGAUACAACGGGUUUUCAUGUCUACCUCAGUGGAUGUCGCAUAUUUCAUAGAGAUGAACCACUAGACAGAUGUGGAACAUCUCGCUAUCACCACGAUAUUCGACAGAAACGUGUAAUUGGAGGAAUCCAUUCUGUACCGGGUGAGUGGCCAUGGUUGGUGUCGCUACAUUUCCUAGGAUUUCAUUCCUUUUCAAACAAGUCUGGAUAUCCACAUCUGUGUGGGGCCUCUCUGAUUCACCCAGAAUGGGUCUUGUCAGCAGCACAUUGUUUUGAUGAACGUGUAGCACCUGGUUCGUCUAGUCCUCUUAACUGGCAGGUGGUAGUCGGAGAACACAGCCAGACCGGAUAUGACGGAACAGAACAGAUCAUACAGAUCGAUUACAUUAUCAAGCAUAACACAUUUAGCAUAGACGUGGACAAGCCAAUCUUACAAGAUAUUGCUUUGUUGAAACUAAAAUCCCCUGCAAUAAUGACUGACUAUGUGAACAUUGUGUGCCUAGAUGCGUAUGAUUCCUUUCCACCAGGAACACCUUGUGUAGCAGCAGGAUGGGGACAGAAUACUGUUGUUGGCAAAGGGGUCAAGCUCCCACUUCAUGCAAGAAUUCCAAUUUUACCACCUGACGAAUGUCAUCGCAGAUACAACUCACUUCCAGAUGGUCAUAUGGCUAAGUCUGCAGUGUCUAUAGAAACAUCUGUUAUUUGUGCCACUGCAGACGGCGAUGGAAACGAUUCCUGUUGGGGGGAUUCAGGAGGACCAUUAGUCUGUAGGUCGGGAGACCAGUGGGUACAAGUUGGCAUUGUAUCAUUUGGAUAUGACUGUGGUAAUUCUCAGUAUCCAGGUAUCUACACAAAGAUACAUCAUUAUAUCGACUGGAUAACAAGGACAAUUCGUGAUCACUCGGACACUAAUGUCUCGUACAUGUGGCUCAAUCGUAACAGAACUAUGCCUUCAAUUUUCUGAUUAUGACUUCAGGUUUAGUUUGUUUUGAUUGUAUUAUUUAUCGCCUAUUUGAAAUAUAUUUACUUUAACAUCAACUAAUCAAACAUGUAGCUGUCAAUACGGGUUAUAUUUUAUGUCCUUCCAUCACUGUUAAGAACCGUUAUACCAAAGAUUUACAUAAUUCAUAUUGCUUUGAUAUUUUUAUUUAUUGAAAUAGAUUCUGACUUUAAUGUUUCUUGAAAUAGUAAUUUUUUCACAUGCUGAUAUUUUAUUACUCCUGUGCAUGAUGAAACAAUUUCACUUAUACUUUGAUCAAUAUACAUCCAGAUCAUCUACAUUUUAAAUCAGAUUUCUUUUCUCAGUUGUUGUAUAUUGCCUUAAGUUUGUUGUCUUCCCCCCCGUUUUCAAUAUUAAUAUAAUUAUCGUUUUUUUGAUAACGCAUUAACAUUUUUCAAAAAAUUAAAUGUUUGAUUGAUCUUCUAUCAUUUUAUAUAUUUACAAUCAAGAUCAUAGAGAUAAAAACAACAAUAUCUCAUCAAUUUUUGUCAAAUCAUGCCUGAAUUCAUAAUAUUUUGACCGUUGUCACAUACUAUAGAAUAUUCAAUAUUUAAAUUUUGUGAAUAAAAAUUAAAACACUUGAUCAUCAUCAGACAACCAGGAAACAGAUGUGAUCGAGAUCACACCAUAAAAGUUUAAUAUUGAUUCUUAUAUGUUAAUAAUUACACAGCAGACCGUGGUUAUGUAAAAUAGAAAAUUAAGACUAUUUUAAAUUCACAAAAAAUCCCCGAAUUAUUUUGAGUGUUAAAACAUAAUUUUAUUUUAAGUGUUAAAACUUAAUUUUACUUUCAGUGUUAAAACAUAAUUUUAUUUUGAGUGUUAAAACAUAAUUUUAUUUUCAGUGUUAAAACAUAAUUUUAUUUUCAGUGUUAAAGCAUAAUUUUCCAAAACAAAUGAGCAUUAUUUGUAAAAAUUGACAUGAAAAGGAUAAAAUUGAAAAUGUUAUUACUUAAAACCUGACUUGUGAGUUGCAAGUCACCAUUAACAAGUAAUAUUAAACACCCUUUCCACCGAAAUUCAUUAUUUCAUAUGCCAAAUGGUAAGCGAAUCUUUUAUUUAAAACAACCUGACAAUAUAGUUAUAUAUUUAGUAAUCAUUCGUUUAAAUAUCUAAACUAUGAAACUGUUAAAUUUUCAAAACAAAAACCGACUGAUUGUGAGGUUUUGAAAAAGAUGUAUAUUUUACAAAACAUCAAGGCACAUACAAGUGACCAACAUUAAUAGAUCAAUCAACACAGUAGCAAAGGUUAUAAUUCUUGGUUAGUCAAGUCAAGUCAAUCUAUCGGUAUCAUUAUUUGCUGUUGCCGUGUAAACGCCUUCAUGUUUUGUCUUAUCAACUUCAAAUUUUAACUCUUAUUAAGACCAUGUAUCUGGUUGAUAUCAUUUAUGAUAAUUUAAAGAAAAGCACGCAUGUAUAGUGGUUAAUGUUAUCAUUCGUAUUGUAAUGUAUUUGAUAUGUAUAAUUUAUUUACAAAAGUUUUAGACUAUAAAUGAUUUAGACCGUGACAUGUUGUCUAGAUACCCGAUUAUUGUUGAAGACUGUUAGUUGUCCUAUAGAUGUUGCUUCAUUAUGUGUGUUGUUGUGUUUCUUUCUCAUUAUUCAUGAGAAGUUAACAAUAAAGCUUUAUUAACUAUUCUUCACCUUGCUCGUCCUUUUGUAACUAAAUUUGUAAUGCUAAAAACCGAGCAGGGUAUAAGUAGGAAUUGUUACCCUUGUAAAAAAUCUUAUAAGACCAUCGGACUAUAUUUGGUUUGUGCCACUUUAUAUUUUGUCUUAUCAAAAUGUUGAUGGUAAAUUGUCUUUUCAUUCUUGAUCAUGUGUUGCUGAUUUUACAAACAGUUCAGUAACUACCAACUUAUCUAACUAAAGCAAAUUAAAAGUUAAAUCUACAACCUGAGUCAAGAUUCGUGGAAAUAGCUAAUAAAUUGUAUUCUCAUAAAUCAAUUAUUCUUAUAGAUUUAUUAUUACGUUUUUGACAAUGGGACGACUUUUAUGAUAUAUUUAUGUAUAAUUUAUUUCUCCGAUUGUUUAAAUGAAAAAAGAAUGCGGUAGCAAUUGUCUUAUAAACAGCUGAUGUAUUGAUUAAACUUUCCGAAUGGUUGAUCUUGGAAAUGAACAUUUGAUGU